AUGUUAGCUUCUAUGCCGCAGAUGGAGACGGUGCGAUCGCUCCCUCGGAAUCCCGACGUCGUUCCGCGACAUCCUUCGGCGGAGGACUUGGAUGCUGCUCAGCAACUGAUCUCGUCGGCCCAGGCUGGCCGGGAGCAUCCCGUGGAGCGGAAUUGUGAUGAUACUGGAACGCAAGGCUUCGAGGCCGAUCAUACUCGCAGGGGACAAGACUUGGUGGAUACACCGGCACCUUACCCGUCCUCUGAAACUAUGGCAAACGCGCCAGUAUCGGAAAAGUCAUCGUCAUCACCGAAAUCUCAGAAGGACACUUCGUUUCUCGGACACUCCUGCAGUAACUGCGGAACAAAGAGCACUCCGCUAUGGCGACGAUCACCAACUGGCGCGAUGAUAUGCAAUGCGUGUGGCCUAUAUUUGAAAGCCCGAAAUGUCGCGCGACCGACCAAGCGCAACCGUGUACAGACAAGUCCGGAAUCAGGCGUCCAACCGUCCUCUAAUCCUCAGCAAGAUCCCCCGGCUCCCUCGACUGAGGGAGGAUGUCAUGGCUCUACGGGGUCAUGCCCUGGCGGAGGAAACUGCAAUGGUACCGGGGGCGCCGAGGGCUGUGAUGGAUGCCCGGCGUAUAAUAAUCGAGUCUACAAGUCAACUCUUCGAGGCACCGUUCCAUUGCAUGCUUGGAACCGAGCGACGAAUUCAGCUAGCGACAAGCCGAUACCCUUACCUGAAGGCGAUGUGCCGGCUAAGAACGGCACGACGACGUCUGAUGGCAGGCUCUAUUACAAAUUACAUGGAUGUUACAGGCCUACCACAAUGAAGAAGACCAUCAUCAAGCGGCGGAAGCGAGUUGUGCCCGCUUUGCGAGAAUCCUCCCCAACCGGAGCUACGCAUUCGUCGAACGGUUCCUCUGCGUCCCCAGAAGCGUCCCCAGCUACGCUGGCGCAUAGCAAUGAAGACCACUAUCGAUACUACAGCAGCGAACCGAUGGACCACUACAAUCACAUGUCGGCCGACAGAGUGUCACCACACACCCACAGACAGUUUGGGUUCGCACCGCCCCCAGUCGAUUUCACAGGGUUUGGCUCUGGAACCGUUUCCCUCCCCCACCAUCCUCCACCACCUCGAUUGUUAGAACCGGAUCGUAUCGCGCCUAGCCAUUCACCCGUACCCCAGUUCGGUCGACGGUCUCUUUCUCCGAACCCAGCAAACCCCAAGAAACGCACACUGGCAGAAACUGCGUCGUCCGCCGAGGCAGCCGCGGUGCCGACUACUUUGGAGUCCGGGUCGAACCAGCUCCCUCCUAUCAUGUCGUCGAUCAAUCCGUCCCCUCCUACACGACUCAGCUCCAUUUCCUCGAUUCUGAAUCAUCCCGGCAGCCAUGACGAGUCGCGUCUGGACCCCUCUCUCGCGGCGCUCAGCCGUCAGCAGCAACACCCCCAUCAGCCGCCGUUAGCACCCCCACCCUCACAGCCCUUGCCCGGGUUGACAGAGCUGGAUGGGUUCCGGGAAGACCGUCGGGCGAAACUACAGCGGGAAGCCGAAGAGAUGCGGGAGAUGCUGAGAGCGAAGGAACGAGAACUGGCGGAACUAGGAGCGCAAUAA